GGACCACGCACACGCUCCAACUCUGGCUGGAGGAAGUUACGAGUGCCAACCCUGGUCACCACGGUAACGGGGCCAACUUCCGCCUCCCCCCUUCUGCCCCUCACCCCGCGCGUUGCACCAUGGCAACCAGAACUUUGCGUCGCGGAAGCUGGUCAUUGCAGUUGGGAAGCCUCGGUGAAUACCGCCCCCAUCCCGAGGAGACUCCGAAAAUGUACAGCCAGCGGUUUGGCAUCGUACCGCGGGAGAUUAAGGGCCCUACUCCCAAAGUGGUGAUCGUGAGAGCCAAGCCUUCCAAAGAUCAACGGAGAGAACAGCUGAAAGACAUUAUAAGGAGCCAGCAGAAACACCAUGGUGUUUUGGCUGCUGUUAAAGAAAGGGAGCGGGAACGCUCCAAAGUCGAGUGGGAGCAGCACAUGGAUAAAAUAUGUGCGAACCGUCUUGUGAGAUCAAGAGUCAAGGAUGCCAUGCAAGGCUUUAUCCUCAACACGGAAGAAAGGCGAAAUAAGCUACGCAAACUUUUAGCGGCAGAAGAAGAUGAAUAUUUUGAGGAAAUGCAAUUGAAAGAAGAUAAAAUUGAGGAAAGAAAGAAUAAAAUGAAAGAGAAAAUCAGCUUACUAAGAGCGGAGAAAGAAAGAGAGAGACAGAAUUUUGUGGCUGAAAAGUUAGACCAGCAAUUCAGGGACAACUGUGAGGCUCUCCGCAAUGCAGCGAUGUUUACUCGUCAGCAGAAGGUGGCCGAGGAGCGGAAAGCUCAGGUAGCAUUCAACGAGGAGCUGAGAAGGCAGAAGCUGGAGGAGGAGCAGAUAUUCUCCAGGCUCUGGGAGGAAGACCGGCUGGCCAAGGAAAUGCGAAAUAAUGAGGAGAUGCUGCGGCAGCAACAGCUGGUGGAGAACACCCGCCUGGGGCUGAAUGCCCAGGUGACAGGCAUCAGGGCACAGAGGAUGGCGGCGCAGCGGUUGAAGGAAGAGGAGGCACUCCUCGUGGAAGAUGAGAUUGCACGGGUCAAGCACGAGAACGAAGUGGAAAGGCUAAAGAAGCUGAAGGCAAAGCAGGAAACCAGGACCAACCUGAACAAGGCUCUCCAAGAGAAGAUGGAGCGCAUGCAGCAGGAGUUCAGGGAGCAGCAGGAUUUGGACAUGAAGCUCGUGCAUGAUGCCCUCCAGGACAUAGAGGAAGAGACUCAUCAAAAGCAGCAAAGAAAAGAAGAGCUGAAAAGAGAACAGAAGCUAUAUAAUCAGUAUCUGGCAGAACGACGCGAGGAAGAAAGAGCUCAUGAGAAAGAACUGGACAGAAUUUUAGAAGAAGAGAAGAAAAAGAAGAUGGCUGAGCAGGAGUCAGAGCUGAGACUUGAGAAAGAAGCAAGGAAAAAACUUAUAGACGAGGUCAUGUGUACAAGAAAACUUCAAGUUCAAGAGAAGUUGCAACGAAAAGCAAGAGAACAGGAAGAACUUGCUUUGGAGCAGGAACGCAUAAAUGAAGGUCUUAAAGUACUCAACCGUGAAGAGAGGGAGAACUUUGCAAGACGUUGCCGCCUGAUCCAAGAGUAUAGGAAGCAACUGCAGAUGCAAAUAAGCUACCAGCAGCAAGCCCAGGAAGCGAAGAAGGAAGAGGAACGCAGGGAGUUUGAAGCAGGAUUGGCAGAACAGAAGAUUUUCACGGACAAGCUCACAGCGCUGCUGAAUAUCGAACAGUUGCCCAAGUCCGUUCAUCCCAUGAGGAGGGAGCGCCUGAAGAACCACCCAUACUAGCUUUAUAAACAUCAGAGUGUUUCUGUUGUUUUUUAAUUACUACUGCUUGUAUGUUUGCAUUUUUCUCUGCGCACAGG